AUGGACAGUCGUCCUCCGAAAAGACAACGUCGAUCAGUCCAUAGAAGUGAACUCAAGAGAGCUUCAUCUGAUUCUAUCAAGCCCGCCGCGCUCUCGUCGCACCCCAAAUCAACACGAGCGCGUCCCAGUCCAGCCCCAUCGACUCGACAUACCCCCGGAGGCUCUUCCCCUUCGCCCUCUCCAUCGAAACCUGGGUCGUCCCCGAAAACAAACAAAUCCAAGUCUCUUCACCAUUUUUUCCAGCCAGCAACAGACGGGCAACGAUGGUCCUCGCGGAAGUUGGAAGGGAAGCGAUCACUGGCAUCGGCCGCAGACACAUUAGACGCAGAUGAAAUAGAGGAUGACUAUGAUUCAUACGAUGAGAUAUUCACACAACACAUUGCUAGCCAAAACUCUAGCUUCAAUCCGAACUCCUCCUCCGCCUCCAAUAAUGGCCCAACCCGGGCGUUGGUAUCCAAACCCAAAGCCACCACAGCACGACAGACUAAUCUAUCUACCAAGCGAUUUAUCAUGCCAUCAGAUCCCAAGAGCCAUAGUCCUCAGCAGUCAGAUCCCCAAUCUCUGAGCCAACAAGUCGACCAUCGUCCGUGGGCUCAACGAUUCGCUCCAGUAAACAUAGACGAGUUGGCCGUUCAUAAGAGGAAGGUUGCUGAUGUACGAAAAUGGUUGGAAGAUGCAUUUGCAGGGCGCGGGAGAGAGAGACUCUUGGUUCUACGAGGCCCCGCAGGCUCGGGGAAAACGACCACCAUCUCACUACUCUCUGAAUCACUGGGUUUCGAUAUUGUGGAGUGGAAGAAUCCCGCGGUCUCUGAGUUCACAGGCCAAGAUUAUGUCUCCGUGAGCACACAGUUUGAGGAAUUCCUAGGCCGGGGGGAUCGGUUCGGAGGACUUGACCUAGAAGAUAGGGUCGAAGUUAAUGAUCACCAUACUUCGCUGUCUCAAAAGCAGCGCAUACUUUUGGUGGAAGAAUUUCCGACAAUGACAAGUCGAAACUCUGGCCUGGCUGCCUUUCGGACAUCCCUCCAGCGCUAUUUCGCGGCCGCUGCAGAUCAUCCAUUGGAGAUACACCCACCGAUUGUGAUGGUUGUGUCGGAGACCUUAUUGGGCUCAGCGUCGUCGAUAUCAGAUAACUUCACGGUCCAUCGAUUACUCGGGCCAGCAUUGUUUAACCACCCCAGCACGAAAAUAAUAGACUUCAAUAGUAUCGCCCCGACUUUCAUGCAAAAGGCCUUGAACUUGAUCCUGGAGAAAGAAGCCCGCAGCUCAAAGCGUGCCCGAAUCCCUGGUCCGAUCGUUCUCGAAACGAUCUCCGAGAUUGGAGAUGUCCGCAGUGCCGUAUCUUCUCUGGAGUUUCUAUGCUUAAAAGGCGACGAUGCCGGAAAAUGGAGUGGCACUCUCACCAAAACUAGAGGCAGAAGGUCUCGCGGGCACACAACAUUGACCCCAAUGGAGGAGGAGUCUCUCAAAAUGAUAUCGCAAAGAGAGGCGAGCUUGGGGCUAUUUCAUGCUGUGGGCAAGAUUUUAUACAACAAACGCCUUGAUUCAAGUCUUGUACCCAACGGUACAGUGGUUCUUCCUUCACCACCGGACUAUUUAUCUCAACAUCGCCGACCUAAGGUCUCACAGGUGGCAGUAGAUGCAUUGGCCGAUGAGACCGGGACAGACAUCACCACAUUUAUAUGUGGUCUUCAUGAGAAUUACCCGCCCUCCUGUGAUGGAGUCUCUUUCACUGACAGCCUCAAUGCAUGCAUCGAGGCAUUAUCUGAUAGCGAUAUCCUCAGUACUGACCGACGGCCUACUCAGGGCGCGCGAAGUGGCAUGGGGGCAGGUAUGGUACCCAUAAGCGCUGGAAUUGAUAAGCUGCGACAGGAUGAGAUCAGUUUCCAGGUCGCCGCACGCGGGCUGCUAUUUGGUCUGCCCUAUCCUGUCAACCGCCGACUGGCCACUGGUGACGGCAGAGGUCGUGCGGGUGAUGCACAUAAGAUGCUGUAUCCAUCCUCUUUGCGGCUAUGGAGAAAGUCCGAGGAGAUUGAAGGUCUCGUGGAUUCAUGGAUGACACAAAUGUUGGAUCCCUUUGGCGAUCCACAUCUUCUGUCACACGGCAUGAGGUCUACCGAAUCCACCGAAUCCAUAGGUGUUAGGUCCUGGCGAAGUCUCCGGGUCGGUCAUCACGGCCCUUCUGGUGCAGACCAUUCUCCAGCUUCUACGGUGACAAUGCUGUCACGUCCCGAUGCGAUACUUCAUCAAUUACCAUACAUGGCUCAGAUCCGGUACACUGAGCCUGAAUCCAGGCAAUUGAACCAGAUCACGGGGAUCCGAAGGAGUCGGUUCGACGACGUUGAUGAAGAUGAACUGCCCUCGGCAUCACAGCCACUCCAACACAGCAAUCCAUCUGGGCCUCGAAUACCCCAAAAAGAAGAAAAGCUAUACCUUAGCGACGAUGAUAUAGUGGAUGAUUGA